AUGGAAUUUGUUCUUCUGGGAUUUUCGGAUAUCCGAGAGCUGCAGAUACUACACUUUGUGAUGUUUCUCUCUGUUUAUUUGGCCACCCUGAUGGGAAACUUUCUCCUCAUUGUCAUUGUGAUUCAGGAUUGUCACCUUCACAGCCCCAUGUAUUUCUUCCUGGUCAACCUAUCACUGUCAGACAUAUGCUACAUCUCUACCACUGUUCCCAAAUCGAUGGCCACUUCACUGACAACCAACACACUGAUUUCUUUCUCCGGAUGUGUCUCACAGGUUUUCUUUAUGUUUAUAUUUGCCGGGGCUGACCUAUUCCUGCUCACUAUCAUGUCUUAUGACCGAUAUGUAGCAAUCUGCUACCCUCUACAAUACAGCUUGAUCAUGAAUUGGGAUACUUGCAUACGAAUGGCAGCUGCUUCUUGGAUAGGCAGUAUGAUCCAUGCAGCAAUGCACACUGUAUUCACAUUUAGGUUACAGUUCUGCAAGUCUAACUUCAUCAACCAAUUUUUCUGUGACAUUCCUCCCUUAUUAAUGAUUUCAUGCACUGAUACAAUGACCAAUCAAGUGGCCAUUCUUGCCAGUUUCAUUUUUCUAAGCAUGUCUUCUUUUUCAUUGAUUCUGGUAUCUUACAGUUACAUCUUUUCUACUGUGUUUAAGGUUCGGUCAGUUCAGGCCAGGUAUAAAGCCUUCUCCACCUGUAUCCCACACCUGGUUGUCUUUUCUUUGUUUGUUUUUACUUCUGGUUUCUCUUUCUUGAAACCAAAGUUUUUGUCCUCUCCAUCUAUAAACUUGUUGGCUGCGGUUUUGUAUACAAUUGUACCACCUUUAAUGAAUCCCAUCAUUUACAGCCUGAGAAAUAAAGACAUCCAAGUGGCAUUCCUGAAAAUGUCAAAAGUUUGGAUAUCACCAAGUCACUAUAAAAAGCUUUUUCAGAAGGCCCCGGGAAACAGAGCAUAA